UAUUCAUUCCCGUAUUUGAUUCAUCCGAAAUGGCUUUGAAGAAAAAGAUGUCAAUAUUAACAGGAGAACAAUUGUACAUGCUUGAAAUUCUCAUUGAUCAUCUAAAUCUAUAUCCCGAGAUAUAUGCUACUGUUAAUAACGAAGAGUGCGAUUUGAUGGUACGUAUAGGUUUCGUUGAUCUCAAACCUGUCGACAUCAUUGUCAGGGUUAAUGACAGGAAAAUUAUAUGUGAAGAAAAUCAAUUUUCUAAUGAAUAUAUCAGUUGCGAAGGCAAGACAUGUUUGCUCGUUCGGACACCAAAUGAUUUAAUACAAUCUGUUAAAUCGACUCCUUUAAGUACUGAAGUGUAUUGGAUUCCUUGCGGUAAGAAUAAUAAUCCACGAGAUGACGUCGGACAUGUUCUUCUCUGCGCGGCAACGGCAUUUUUGCCAGGAUGUUUCUGCGAUCGCAUAGCUGCGGCCAAGAACAAGAUAGACGGGUUAUCAAAGUCACACACGUUUACAAAGAUUUACACUUUGACCGAUGAGCAUGGGAAUUCAUGCGGAUCUAUAUCGAUAUGCCUAAGGCUGUCGUGUUUUGGAAGCUCCAUUAUAAAUCAUCUUACGCUUCGCGAAAAAUCAUUUGUACUUCGAGGAUUUCCUCUCGGUUGGAAGUUUCCUUGCACGAAACUGUCCGGCGAAGAUAUAAACGACGAAAAGUAUAAAACAAAAGGUAGAAAUGAUACAUCGUUAUUACACGAAAUUUUGGAUCCUACGUAUUCAAAAUUAUAUGAGCAAAACGAUCGCGAUGCAGAGGCAAAAUUCGCGUUGAUGAGACCGCAAUCAUCACCACGUGUAUCGAUGGACCAGCCAGGAUUCGAAAAAUUAACGAGCGCCGAGAAAUUGAAUGAUCACAAGUAUCGUGGGUUAAUCUACAAGACCUAUCCUGACGAACCGACUUGUUCGUGUCUACCGACAAACCGAUCGACGCAUCCAAUGAUGUGUCGUUCUGGAUGCAUCCGUUCUUGUUGCAUGGCUUUGAGAAAUCCCGAUGCUCUUAAACAUUUUCCAUCGCUCGCUACACUUGCCUCCAACAAUUUAAGUGUAAAAUCAGAUGUGGAACGAAAUGUGACAAUUGAUGGUUCUACGAGAAUGAGAGGUGGUGAAGAUGUAGAGAAUAAUUACUUACACAAAGAAGCGUUAUUGGACGAGGAAUACACGUGGCACCAGAAUGAUGUUAAUUUGAAAAAUCGCAUGACGGGUGGAAGUGACUAUGGUGCAUCAGCCUACGCGCUUUCCGAAACGAUGACCGUGAUAUAUGACAAGAGCAAAAAAAUGGGCGCUAAUUUGCAGUGCAAACCCCGACCAAGAACGGCGGAUGGAAUUAAAGCGGCAAAGUGCAUUUGUCCAGGAAAAGCUUUGUCGUCUUGGAAAACUGAUGCGUUUAAGUGUACGAAAAAACCGUGUGUAGGCGCAGAUUGCAUGAUUCGCGCCUUCAAGGAGGCCCAAGAAUUUGUGGAUUCUCUCGGUCAAGUGCCAGGUCUGGUGGGUCUUGGCUUGAUGGAUCCAUCAGAAAGUCCUUAUUUUGGUCGAGACAUACAGAAGGAUUACGCCAUUCAAGAAGCACCAGGAGAGAGAAAACGAGACUAUCCCCUUUCGCCAGCAUUGCUGAAUCAGUGUCUCGCACCUUGCAACACGCAAAUUGGUAAACCUAUCUCUAGCACCGUCUCCACACCUUAUAUCCCACCUACCGCUAUAACGACAGCGGUUCCGGGACGCACCGGUAUCGUACGUGAGGCAAUACCUUCGUUACCAGAAGCGCCGCUAUUCCCGAUCGCCGUCAAGCCAAAGAAGAAGGAGGACAAGAAAGAAGAGAAAUUGGAAAAGCAGAAAGAACUGGACGUUACGACUUCCGUACCGCUGGACGUUGACGUUGGUCCUUGUGGUGAACCGAAAUGCAAAUCUCGCCGGAAGAAACCUAAAGAUGACCGGACAGUACCGCACGAGAUCGAAGAGACGCAGAUCAAGCCGAUGCAAUCGAUAUCGCCAGGUACGAUCGGUGCGAAUAAGGCUACAGGUAAAUUUAUAGAAAAGGACCGAUAUCCGAAGGCAAUGUCUAAGCCAAGUUUGGGUGGUGAUCGUGACAAGAGUUCUAUCAAAAUCAGCAGGCGAGUGAUGCGAUACGUUUAUUCCAUUGGUGAUGUUUAUCCCGGGACUAACUACGGCCACAAGAAUUGCAUCGAUCCACGCUUUAGGGUGCCGGCUAACAUGGGCUGGCUGUGGAACACAAGUUCAGCAGUGAGUAAGUUUAAGCCACGAAUUGGUUGGAAGCCGGGCGCGAUCGGGCGUUUCUUGAACGAGUUGUUGAAAGAGGCGAAGGGUGCUUCCACGGUGGAGGAUUAUCGGGCAAAAUUGGUACCCUCGCGCACCAGCUUGCGACGCGGUAAGAUGUACAAGAGUCCGAGCUACGUGUCGCAGGUGAAGAAGGAGAUCGAGGAAGAUGCGGAACCGCCACCGACCCUGCACAUACACCGUAAGGACGGCACGUACUACGUAACAAUGUAUCCGAUUAAGCAGGAGGCCACCGCGGAUGUGUCACAGUUGGAGGAGCCGAUGAAGCCGCUACAGUUUAAGAUAGUGCGCAACAAGGACGACGCUUCCGUCGCAUCGAGCUCCACGGCGUCAGACAUGGAAAUCGAAUUCUCGCCACCGGCGGCGGUCAACAGGUAUCGCAAGAAGCCAGACGUGAUUCACGUAGACACCCAGGUCAGGCAGCAGGAGAUUCUCGAUGCGUUCAAGCUAACGGACGAUGUGCCGAAGAAGAAGAGGGAGAGAAAAGGCAAAAAGGAAAAGAAAAGAAAGAAGUAACGAAACCGCCCUCCCUCUCCCUCUCCUCCUCCUCCUCCACCCUUCGCUCAUUAUCCUAGCACGAUCGUGAAAGGGAAGCAGCUUUAUCGAAGUGAAUUCGUAUUCUGGCGCUUGAUUUGGUACCAUGCGCGACAUCUAUCACCUGCGGCGUGUCCAAAGUCCACUGUCAUUAUCGACGGGAGUUAAGGGAAAGGUUUACUCGGUGCUCCGUGUUCCAUCGUGUUC